AUGGUAUCGUUCUGGAAAGUGGUAGGAAUUACGGUGGGUGCGAUCCUGGUGGUAGGGGCGGUGGUGGGGAGUUUAACAUGGGGGUUUUUGGCCAACCGGGGCCCACCACCACCGGAGCUGGUGCCUUUGGACUGGUGGGAACAUACGGUCAUAUACCAGAUCUAUCCUCGAUCCUUCAAAGACAGUGAUGGUGACGGGAUUGGUGAUUUGAAAGGUAUAACAACGCAGUUAGAUCACCUUGUGGACAUCGGCAUAGGUGCAAUAUGGAUGUCACCUAUCUUUGUGUCACCCAUGGUGGACUUCGGAUACGAUAUCAGCGACUUCUACAACAUUCACGAAGAAUAUGGAACCAUGGCGGAUUUCGAGGAGCUCGUGCACAAAGCACAUAACCUUGGACUUAAAAUUCUAUUAGAUUACGUGCCAAAUCACGCGAGCGAUCAAUCGGAAUACUUCAAGCGAUCCCUGGCGAGGGAGCCGGGGUAUGAAAACUUUUUCGUUUGGGCGGACCCUAAACUCAACCCCAACAACAUCUCUGAACGGCUCGUGCCUUCCAACUGGAUAAGUGAAUUUGGCGGUUCAGUUUGGGAAUGGAGUGAAACGCGACAACAGUACUACUUACACCAAUUUGCGAAGGAACAGGUCGAUUUCAACUUCAGAGACCCAGCUGUCAGGGCAGAGAUGCUCAACAUAAUGGAGUACUGGUUCAACAAAGGAGCAGAUGGGUACAGAGUGGAUGCUGUGGCGCAUCUCUUCGAAGCGGACCCUAACGACCACGGUGGGGUCUAUCCAGAUGAACCUUUGAGUGGAAACAUGUUUUUGAGACCGAAUGAAACCGGUUACACCACGCAGGAGUACACGAGGCAUUUGAUUGAACUGUAUGACGUCAUUUACGAAUGGAGAAAUUUUUCUGACAGUUACAAAGAGCAAAACAAAAGUGAUACGAAAAUUCUGUUAGCAGAAGCCUACGCCAAUAUAACCAUGACCAUGUUAUAUUAUGGCGACGAAGCAGGCCGGGACGGGGCUCAUUUCCCAUUCAAUUUCGAGCUGAUCAAUAGCUUGUCUGGCAAAUCCAGCGCGCGGGAUUUCGUCUACGUUAUCAAACGCUGGCUCACCUACAUGCCAGCUGGGAGGAUUGCGAAUUGGGUGUUUGGUAAUCACGACCAGAUGAGGAUGCCGACAAGAUUCAGGGUCAAUAUGGUUGACGGGAUGAACUCUCUAAGUAUGCUGCUGCCCGGAGUGGCCAUCACGUACCAGGGGGAAGAGAUCGGCAUGAGGGACGGCUACGUCAGCUGGGAGGACACCGUGGAUGUUGCUGCUUGCAACCAGGGUAACCCGGACAACUACAUGCAGUACUCCAGAGACCCAGCACGAACACCGUUCCAUUGGGACAACACCACGAGCGCUGGGUUCUCCACUAACGCCACUACCUGGUUGCCGAUAGCGCAGGAUUACAUGGAAAUUAAUUUACGAAAGCAACAAGAGACGGAACGGAGUCAUUACAAGGUGUACAAAUCACUGGUGAACCUACGCAAGGAACCCGCGCUAUCCCAUGGCAGCUACCACCUCCAAGCCUUGACUGAAAGCACCUUCAUUCUGAUCCGUCACAUCAUCACUUACGACACCUACGCGUUACUGUUCAAUGUUGGUGACGUAGAGGACACGGUGGACUUGUCCACAAUCGCACUCUUGAGGGACCCGUUGACUGUCCAUGUUUCUAGUAUCCAUUCCAGCAGAGUUAAUGGUGACACAGUUUCCCGAGGGGGCGCGACCCUGCGGGCGGGUGAGGCGCUGGUGCUGCGCGCUCCGCCGACGUAGUUUCUAG